CGUAACUUGCAGCCAAUGAGAGCGAAGGGGGUGGGACAGAAGUGUGGUUGCUGUGGCUGCUGAGUGCGGCGGUUGUUUGAAGAUGGCGGGUGUUGCUGGGUUCGGAGCCGCCGGUUAUUGGAGUCAGGACGCUUCUGAUGAAGAGCAGCAGGUUGUGUAUGUCCCAGGACUGCAGACAGAAGGCAACUUGAAAUCUGCGCCGAAAUCUAAGACUUCAAAAUCAGAAGGGAGAAAACCCAAUGCCCAAACGCCGCUCCCUGCUGCUAAAAUGGAUUUUCUACAGAACCGGCAAAACCAACAAGAGCAACAGGUGUCUCCGGACGAAGAGGGAAUAAAGAGUGCCUCUUUGAAGGAUUUGUGUCCGGAAGACAAGAGGCGGAUUGCGAAUCUAAUCAAAGAACUUGCAAGAGUCAGUGAGGAGAAAGAGGUGACAGAGGAGCGGCUAAAAACAGAGCAGGAGUCGUUUGAGAAAAAAAUCCGGCAACUGGAGGAACAGAACAAUCUCAUCGGCACUGAAAGGGAAGCCCUGCAGCAGCAGUACCGCGAGUGCCAGGAGUUGCUGGGCCUGUACCAGACGUAUCUGUCGGAGCAGCAGAAGAAGCUGCACGUCUCUCCCGGAAGGAACGAGCAGGUGUGUAACAUUAACCAGCAGCCAACGGCCGGAGAGCUGAAUGGAUCCUACCUCGGCCAAUCCUAUCUCAGGCGCAACAGUGACACCAGCAGUUCCAGAUCGUAUGGAACCAAUCGGCCGAGCAGAAAUGACCCAGCCAGCAGAAUCAGCUUCCAUUGUGAUCCGUGUGAAUGCUGUGUGGAAAACCCACCUCAGAGGAGACAUCGGGGCGGUCCGGGGUUACAUUUGCCCGACGUGGGCCAGCGCGGUGCAGAACCCCCUGAUCAUUCAACAGCUCACUGCUGCCUACAUACCCCAUCGGGAAACGUGCACAGCACCCCAGGGAGGCACCCACAUGAGCGCGCCAGUCCUUCCACCCCGGGGAGUGAGAUCCAGGUGCGACCCAGGAAAGCCAACGCCAAGGCUGCAUCCGAGGAGCGAAAGCACCAACUUCUGCUGCAGAAACUGGAACUGGAGGUGGAGAAGGAGCGACUGCAGCAGCUUCUGGCCCAGCAGGAAACAAAACUACUGCUCCAACAGCAGCAGCUGCAGCAACAAUCCCGGCUGGAAUGCAGUCGCUGGAACCAAGGGUUAAGCAACCAGCCUUCUCUAAGGAUUAAUGAUACCCGGCCAUCGUCUGACCCUAUUCCCAUGGCCAACAGCCUUACGUACAGUCCCGUGGGGCCUUUAUCUGAGGGUGUUAAAACACCGCCAUCCAUCAAAAGUUCCAAAAAACACCACAGCGCGGGUAAAAGUGUCCAAAAACCCCCCGCUCUGAGCGAGACUCGGCAGAGAGACCCCUCGUUUGCAGAUGCAGGGAAUGGAUUCAGCAGAGGUUCCACCAAGGAUGCAGCCACGUCGCCGUAUGCAGCGACCCAGAAACCGGAGCCGGUGAGCGCAGUGUCGCCGCCAGUGCAGCGUGGAAUCUGCCGGUACGAGACCUCUCUCAUCGACAUGCUGGAAGCAAUAAGCCCCAUCGCUAGCGAGAGACAGCGCCCCCACUGCAGAGAGACCUAUAACUACAUCCCAAGCCCCACCCCCAGGAUCCAUACCAGGCGGCCCCUCUCCCCGCCCCCCAGGGCCCAGCAGCCCCCCGAGGCAGCCGAGGAGAGCAGAAUACUGGAGGAGAUAUUCUUUAUUUGCUGAUUAAACCCCUUCCAGCACCCCAAUUCCUCGCGCAGACCCAAGGGGCGGGACCACGUGCAAUGGAGACUCAUAAGCAACACCCCCCCCCCCCCCGCACUAUAUUCUUUCCGCUCUAGGAACUGCCCGCAGGUUUAAUUUCUCUUCUUUUGGCAUCGGGAGGGUUAAGGAAGAGGGUAUUUUAUUGCGUGUAUCCCUUAUCAGGCUGCAUUGCACUACAACUCCCAUCAUUCCUUGUAGUUCCACUACUACUUCUCCUGGGGGUGGGGGGGCUAGUGUCUGUCAUCCCUAUCAGUUUGCCUCUUUCCAGGGCACAAUCAAGUAAGGAACUAUAAUUGUUAUAUAAUGAGUGGGGGGGGGGGGCUUUAAUUAAAGCUACGGCGACACUCUCACUGGGGCCCUUGGCGGAGACACGCGAGGGAGACAGCUGACAGCAGAUCAAGGCGCCGUUUGAUGUCUCUUUUGAUUCGACAGCUUUUCUGUUCCUUCCCCGCUCUCCCCUGAAACAUCAUUGAUUUCACAAUUGUUUUUAACGUGCUACAUUUCCCCUUGGUUUGUGUUAAAGGGAUAGCGGCACAUUUCCUAUCAGGCUAGGGCUACUGCCCCAUUUAUUGCCCCACAAUACAGUAUCACUGAGAGUCCCUGGCUGAGUUGGGGCCGUUGUGUUUAACAAAAAUCAGUGUUUUGAUAAAAAUGAGGUAUCUGUGCCAAUUGGCUCCUACGGGUAAUGCGCCGCUUUGCCUUUAAGGGUGCAGUGUUAGCGUUGGCCUUUAGCUAGAAGGAGAUGCAGGCACAUUUCAAGAAGAUGAAGUUUUAGCUUUCCCUUUACUUUCCUCUGACAGCUACUUGCGGGUUCUUCUGCCCAGGGAGGGCCCUAUUUAUUUGUAAUAUACUUAUAAAAGGGAGCUGCCAUAUUGUUUCCCUUCCUACUGGAGUGAAAAGGAACCCCAGGGCCCGGCGUUGGCAGGAUCUUUGCUGGCUCGUAUGUUUUACUGUAUUUUUGUAGGUUCUUUUCCCCCUUUAUCAGAGCCCAUUGCAGAUUUAAUAUUGGGAGUCCCAGUAACAGCCACACCCCUUACAGCCACCAAACUCCACCUACUUUAUAGUAAGCCCUGCCUUCUUUUUAUGUCCACGAUUGUAUCCAGAAUUUAGAUUUUUGCACAACUGUAUCUGCUCUAUAUUAGACCCCCCCAAUGCUGUGUGCAGGUACAGUAACCCCCAGCUAUUGCACUGCAGGAGAAACACAAGUAUUAACCCAUUGCUGGUUGGUUGAUUUUUUUUUUUUUUAGGGAAACACUUUGGCACCCCCUAC